GCCAAAAGAGCUGGCUUUGAAGUCGUCCUCUUCGCUGACGAAGGCUAUCGUUAUUUCUCUUGGCUUUUGAUUUUAAGAAUGUUGAAGUAUUAAAGAAGUCUCGAUUACAAAGAAACUUCAUCGAACGAGUCAGAAAGACUCUUUCUUGCGCUUCUAUUUCUAUACAUAUUCACUUUAUCUGAUUUCAAUUCUCAAAUCUCAACACUCAAGUUUUUUGCCUGUGAGAUACUUGUGCAAACGAUCGUAAAGCUCACCAUGGCUUCUCAGGAGCAUCUAGACAAGAUGCAGCUCCGUCAGAACUACCGGAAUCUGUGGCACACUGACCUCAUGCACACCAUUCAAGCUGACCCCCCUUAUUGCUGCUUUGCGUUUUGGUGUGGGCCAUGUGUAUCAUACUUGCUCCGCAAACGAGCUCUUUACAAUGACAUGUCAAGGUAUGUCUGUUGUGCUGGUUAUAUGCCUUGUAGUGGCAGGUGUGGUGAAAGCAAGUGCCCAGAACUUUGCCUUGCUACAGAGGUAUUCUGCUGCUUUGGAAAUUCAGUGGCCUCUACCCGCUUUCUGUUGCAAGAUGAAUUCAACAUUCAGACAACGCAAUGUGACAAUUGCAUUAUUGGUUUUAUGUUCUGUCUCCAACAAAUUGCGUGCAUAUUCUCCAUCGUGGCAAUGAUUGUUGGGAGUGAGGAAAUUCAACAGGCUUCUCAGUUACUUUCAUGUUUGGCUGACAUGGUGUAUUGCACGGUUUGUGCAUGCAUGCAGACGCAACACAAGAUCGAAAUGGACAAACGAGAUGGCAAAUUUGGACCACAACCAGUGAUGGCAGUGCCCCCUGUUCAGCAAAUGUCACGCAUUGAUCAGCCCAUUCCUCCCUCCGUUGGAUACCCACCUCAACAAGCAUAUGGACAGCCCUAUGGUUAUCCACCUCCUCAGUCUCAAGGCUAUCCUGCGGCAGGUUAUCCUCCACCUGCUUAUCCUCCAUCCAAUUACCCACCACCUGGAUAUCCACCUUCUGGCUAUUCAAGGUGAUCCGUUUACUGUGACGAAUGUUGGUAUGUCAAAACAGAGGAGUGGCUGAUGUUGAUGAACUUCAAAUAUUUGAGUUGUGUAUUGAGUGGGAAAAUAGUGGAGCCAACGCUUCUACUUAUUUUACUUGUUUAAAAAUUUGUGUGCGAAUUGAAUUCUUAACUGUGCAUUAAAAAACCUGAAAAUUGAGACAUACUGUUUAUCCCAUCUAUGCUAUUUUCCAUGUUUUGUUUCUCGUGCCAUUAUUAGUGUGUGAAAUUGCAUUUCUUGCAAUUUCAAAAUUUUGUGAUACCCCCCCACUUGAGGAACUGCACUUGUUAUUCCUCCUGAUGGCAUUAGCAUUGUUUUCUCAAAAUCAAAUCAUAUGAAUAAGAGCUGAUGCUUUUGGCAUAAUAAUAAAUGCCACAUUACUUGUUUUCA